GAAAGAGAGCGAAUGGGGGAGGGACAGAGAGAGGGAGACACAGAAUCCAAAGCAGGCUCCACGCUCUGAGCUGUCAGCACAGAGCCUGACCCAGGGCUCGAACUCACGGACAGUGAGAUCAUGACCUGAGCCGAAGUUGGACACUCAACCAACUGAGCCACCCAGACUUUGGCUGUUGGUUUAGUGCCAUGCAUCCUUUACAGUGUGUCCUGCAAGCACAGAGAAGGGGCCCCUGGGCUUCUGUGUCCUGGCUGCUGCUCAGGACCUGCAGGGCACAGAGUAGUGUCCACGGCACCACAUGUCCCGGUCCAGAGAGGCAGCAGGAAAAUGGAGUUCGGAAGGAUUUCAGCUCUAGGCUGGCUGCUGGCCCGACUUUUCAGCAUUUUUUAAGAAGUGCUUUAGAUCCUCAAGAGAAGCCUGAUGUGGAGGACCCACCCCCCUAUCUCACAGUGGAUGAACUUUCUGGGAGGCAGAGAAAAGUCUACCUGGAGACCUAUGGCUGUCAGAUGAAUGUGAAUGACACAGAGAUAGCCUGGUCUGUCUUACAGAAGAGUGGCUACCUGCGCACCAGGAACCUCCAAGAGGCUGAUGUGAUCCUCCUUGUCACAUGUUCUAUCAGGGAGAAGGCUGAACAGACCAUCUGGAAUCGUUUACAUCAGCUUAAAGCCCUGAAGACAAAACGGCUCCGGUCCCAAGUGCCUCUGAGAAUUGGGAUUCUAGGCUGCAUGGCUGAGAGAUUGAAGGAGGAGAUCCUCAACAGGGAGAAAAUGGUGGAUAUUUUGGCUGGUCCAGAUGCCUAUCGGGACCUUCCUCGGCUGCUGGCUGUUGCUGAGUCAGGUCAACAAGCUGCCAAUGUGCUGCUCUCUCUGGAUGAAACCUAUGCUGAUGUCAUGCCAGUCCAGACAAGCCCCAGUGCUACAUCUGCCUUCGUGUCUAUCAUGCGAGGCUGUGACAAUAUGUGCAGCUACUGCAUCGUCCCUUUCACUCGUGGCCGGGAGAGGAGUCGGCCUGUUGCUUCCAUUCUAGAGGAAGUGAGGAAGCUUUCUGAGCAGGGGCUGAAAGAAGUGACACUCCUUGGUCAGAAUGUUAAUAGUUUUCGGGACAGUUCAGAGGUCCAGUUCAACAAUGCAGUGUCUACCAACCUCAGCCGUGGCUUCUCCACCAACUAUAAACCCAAGCAAGGAGGCCUUCGUUUUGCUCACCUUCUGGAUCACGUCUCCAGAGUAAAUCCUGAAAUGAGGAUCCGUUUCACUUCUCCCCACCCCAAAGACUUUCCUGAUGAGGUUCUGCAGCUGAUUCAUGAGAGAGACAACAUCUGUAAACAGAUCCACCUACCAGCCCAGAGUGGAAGCAGCCGUGUAUUGGAGGCCAUGCGGAGGGGAUAUUCAAGAGAAGCUUAUGUGGAGUUAGUUCAUCAUAUCAGAGAAUCUAUUCCAGGUGUGAGCCUCAGCAGCGAUUUCAUUGCUGGCUUUUGUGGUGAGACAGAGGAAGAUCACCUCCAGACGGUGUCUUUGCUUCGGGAAGUUCAGUAUAACAUGGGCUUCCUCUUUGCCUACAGUAUGAGACAGAAAACCAGGGCAUAUCACAGGCUGAAAGAUGAUGUUCCAGAAGAGGUGAAAUUAAGGCGUUUGGAGGAACUUAUUACUGUCUUUCGAGAAGAAGCAACAAAAGCCAACAUGGCCUCUGUGGGUUGUACCCAGCUAGUGCUGGUGGAGGGGCACAGUAAACGCUCUGCCACUGACCUGUCUGGCCGGAAUGAUGGAAACCUUAAAGUGAUCUUCCCUAAUGUAGAGAUUGAGGAUGUUUCUAACUCUGGGGUCAGGGUUAGAGCUCAGCCUGGGGACUAUGUGCUGGUGAAGAUUACGUCCACCAGCUCUCAGACACUUAAAGGACAUGUUCUCUGCAGGACCACCCUGAAGGACUCCUCAGCAUAUUGCUGACCUGAGUGGAUGGCCUUAGAGUUGACAUGGGCUGUCCUUCUGACAAGAAGGGAGAUAGGACUGGUCACUAAAGAAAGAGGUAAUGACGCUCUGGAGACAAGCUGCAAGUGGUGAAGCAACUUCAUGUCAAAUGGAAAAUGUGUCUCUUUGCUGUUAUGUGAACAGCUCUUAUAGUCAUUAAAUUUACCACAAGUAAAGUGGUUCCUUUGUCUCUCUUCUUUUACUUCACUUUUGUCUUGGUUAGUGUUUCUGGGAUUUUCCCUACAGUCUGUUCUGUUUUAAGUGUUUCCCAACCUAGUUCUUGCUGUGGAUACUGCUAACCUCUCUGAUUUUGUACCCUGGGCCCUAGGAGUUAGAGACUGAAGGAGGGGAAGAUGGAGGGAACUCUUCAGGAAAAACUGCUCUAGAUCUUUCUAAUAUUUCGGUUUAAUGAAUUGACUCAGCUGCCUAUGUCCUUACUUUAUUCUCAUAUUUUACCUGAGGAUUUCCCUCAUGGACCUUUUUUUUCUGCCUGUCAGUUCAUUCUUUGCCCUUAGGUCUGGCAUCACUUGGGUUGUUUUUGUUUUCUGAUUUUUUAUAGUAUGGUUUUAUUUUAUUAUUUUAUUAUUUAUUUCUUUUUGUUUUUAUGUUAUUUUAUGUUUUUGUUUUAAUUCCGUUUAGUUAACUGUUAUAUAUUAACUAAUGUUAGUUUCAGGUGUACAAUGUAAUGAAUCAACACUUACAUACAUUUUUCUGUGUUCAUCACAAGUGUACUCCUUAAUCUCCAUCACCUAUUUAAUCCAUCCCCCUACUGCUUCCCCUCUGGUAGCCAUCAGUUCUCUAUAAUUAAGAGUCUUUUUUUUUUUUUUUUUUGAUAUGUCUCUUUUAUUUUAUUCCCUUUACUUGUUUUGUUCCUUAAAUUCUGCCCAUGAAUGAAAUCAUACAGUAUUUGUCUUUCUUUGACUGACUUAUUUCACUGAGCGUAAUACUUUCUAGCUCCAUCCAUCUCGUUGCAAAUGGCAAGAUUUUAUUCUUUUUUAUGGCUGAACAAUAUCCCAUUGUAUGUGUAUGCAUGUAUAUAUAUACACAUACACAUACCACAUCUUCUUUAUCCAUUUAUCAAUCAAUGGAUGCUUGGGCUGCUUCUGUAUCUUGGCUAUUGUAAAUAAUGCUGCUAUAAACAUAGGGGUGUAUAUAUCCCUUUGAAUUACUGUUCUUGUAUUCUUUGGGUAAAUACCUAGUAGUAUAAUUGCUGGAUCAUAAGGUAGUUAUGCUUUUUUAAAGUUUUUAUUUAUUUAUUUUGAGAGAGAAAGCACGAGCAGGGAAGGGGCAGAAAGAGAGGAGAGAGCAAGAAUCCCAAGCAGCCUCCACACUGCCAGCAUGGAGCCUGAUGCAGGGCUCAGACUCCUGAACCAUGAGAUCAUGACCUGAUCUGAAGUUGGACGCUUAACCAACUGAGCCACCAUGCUCAGGUAGUUACAUUUUUAACCCUUUUUUUUAAAGUUUAUUUAUUUUGAGAGAGAGCACAAGUGGAAGAGAGGCAGAGAGAGGGAGAGAGAGAAUCCUAAACAGGCUGUGUGCUGUGAACAUGGAGCCCGAUGUGGGGCUCGAUCUCACAAACUGUGAGAUCACGACCUGAGCCAAAAUCAAGAGUCAGAUGAUUAACCAACUAAACCACCCAGGCGCCCCUGUUUUUAACUUUCUGAGGAACCUCUAUACUGUUGUCCACAGUGGCUGCACCAGUUUGUAUUCCCACCAACAGUACAUGAGUGUUCCUUUUUUUCCACAUCUUCACCAACACCUGUUUCUUGAGUUUAGCCAUUCUGACAGUCGUGAGGUGACAUUUCAUUAUAGUUUUGAUUUGCAUUUCUCUGAUGAUAAGUGCUGAUGAACAUCUUGUGUCCAUUUGUCAUCUGUAUGUCUUCUUUGGAAAAAUGUCUAUUCAUGUCUUCUACCCAUUUUUUAAUUGGAUUAUUUGUUUUUUUGGGUGUUGAGUUUUAUAAAUUCUUUAUGUAUUUUGGAUACUAAUCCUUUACGUGUAUGUCAUUUGCAAAUACCUUCUUUGAUUCUCUAGAUUGCCUUUCAGUUUUGUUGAUUGUUUUCUUUGCUAUGCAGAGGCUUUUUAUUUUGAUGUAGCCCCAAUAGUUUAUUUUUGAUUUUGUUUCCCUUGCUUCAGGAGAUAUAUCUAGAAAGAAGUUGCUACAGAUGAUGUCAAAGAAGACUGCCUGUGUUCUCUUUUAGGAUUUUUAUGGUUUCAAACCUCACAUUUAGGUCUUUUCAUCCAUUAAAAAAAGCACAGCACAGAGCCUGACAUGGGGCUCAAAUACACGAACCAUGAGAUCAUGACUUGAGCCAAAGUCAGAUGCUUAACCAACUGAGCCACCAAGGCGCCCCAUCAUCCAUUUUAAAUUUAUAUUUGUGUGUGAUGUAAGAAAGUGGUCCAGUUUCAUUCUUUUGCAUGCUGCUGUCCAGCUUUCCCAGCACCAUUUGUUGAAGACACUGUCUUUUUUCCCAUUGGACGUUCUUCCUGCUUUGUCAAAGAUUAAUUGACCAUAUAGUUGUGUAGUUGUGGGUUCAUUUCUGGAUUUCCUAUUCAGUUCUAUUGAUCUAUAUGUCUAUUUUUGUGCCAGUACUGUACUGUUUUGAUUACUACGGCUUUGUAAUAUAACUUGAAGCCCAGAAUUGUGAUGCCUCCAGCUUUGUUUUCUUUUUCAAGGUUGCUUUGGCUAUUUGGGUUGGUUGGUGGUUCCCUACAAAUUUUAGGAGUGUUUGUUUUAGCUCCAUAAAAAAAAAAAAAAUGAUGUUGGUGUUUUUUUGCCUUUCGAAUUUUUUUUUCUUUUAGAGUUUACUUUCUAUAAUUUUUUUAAUAAUUUACAUCCAAGUUAGUUAGCACAUGGUGCAACGAUGAUUUCAGGAAUAGAUUCCUUAAGCCUCUUACCCAUUUAGCCCAUCCCUGCUCCCACAACCCCUCCAGCAACCCUCUGUUUGUACUCUAUAUUUAAGAAUCUCUUAUGUUUUGUCACCCUCCCUGUUUUUAUAUUAUUUUUGCUUCCCUUCUGUUCAUCUGUUUUGUAUCUUAAAGUCCUCACAUAAGUGAAGUCAUAUUUGUCUUUCUCUGACUAAUGUUGCUUAGCGUAAUACCCUCCAGUUUUAUCCACGUAGUUGUGAAUGGCAAGAUUUCAUUCUUUUUGAUUGACGAGUAAUACUCCAUUGUAUGUAUAUACCACAUCUUCUUUAUCCGUUCAUCCAUCGAUGGACAUUUGGGCUCUUUCCAUGCUUUGGCUGGUGUUGAUAGUGCUGCUAUAAACAUUGGGGUGCAUGUUUCCCUUGGAAACAGCAUACCUGUAUCCCUUGGAUAAAUACCUAACAGUCCAAUUGCUGGGUUGUAGGGUAGUUCUAUUUUUAAUUUUUUGAGGAACCUCCAUACUAUUUUCCAGAAUGGCUGCCCCAGUUUGCAUUCCCACCAACAAUGCAAAAGAGAUCCUCUUUCUCUGCAUCCUCGCCAACAUCUGUUGUUGCCUGAGUUGUUAAUGUUAGCCAUUCUGACAUGUGUGAGGUGGUAUUUCAUUGUGGUUUUGAUUUGUAUUUCCCUGAUGAUGAGUGAUAUUGAGCAUGUUUUCAUGCAUCAGUUGGCCAUCUGGAUGUCUUCUUUGGAGAGGUGCCUAUUCAUGUCUUUUGCCCAUUUCUUCACUGGAUUAUUUGUGUUUUGGGUAUUGAGUUUGAUAAGUUCUUUAUAGAUUUUGGAUACUAACCCUUUAUCUGAUAUAUCGUUUACAAAUAUCUUCUCCCGUUCUGUCAGUUGCCUUUUAGUUUUGCUGAUUGUUUCCUAUGCUGUGAAGAAGCUUUUUAUUUUGAUGAGGUCCCAAUAGUUCUUUUUUGCUUUGGUUUUCCUUGCCUCUGGAGAUGUGUUGAGUAAGAAGUUGCUGCAGCAGAAGUCAAAGAGGUUUUUGCCUGCUUUCUCCUCGAGGAUUUUGAUGACUUCUGUCUUAGGUUUAGGUCUUUCAUCCAUUUUGAAUUUAUUUUUGUGUAUGGUGUAAGAGAGUGGUCCAGGGUCCUUUUUCUGCAUGUCGCUGUCCAGUUUUCCCAGCACCAUUUGCUGAAGAGACUGUCUUUAUUACAUUGGAUAUUCUUUCCUGCUUUGUCAAAGAUUAGUUGGCCAUAUGUUUCUGGGUCCAUUUCUGGAUUCUCUGUUCUGUUCCAUUGAUCUGAGUGUCUGUUUUUGUGCCACUGUUGGUGUUUUGAUAGGGAUUGCUUAUGUAUAGAGUGCUUAGGGUAGUAGAGACAUUUAACAAUCUUUGUUCUUCCAAGCCAUGAACAUGGAAUGUCUUUCCAUUUCUUUGUGUCAUUCAGUUUCUUUCAUCAGUGUUUUACAGUUUUCAGAGUAUAGGUCUUUCACCUCUUUGGUUAGGUUUAUUUCUAGGUAUCUUAUAUUGUUUUGGUGCAUUUGUAAAUGGGAUUGAUUCCUUAAUUUCUCUUUCUCCUGCUUUGUUAUUGGUGUAUAGAAAUGCAACAGAUUUCUGUAUGUUGAUUUUGUAUCUUGCAACUUUACUCAAUGCGUUCAUCAGUUCUAGCAGUUUUUUGGUGGAAUCUUUGGGGUUUUCUAUAUAGAGUAUCAUGUCAUCUGCAAGUAGUGAGAGUUUUAUUUCUUACUGAUGUAGAUACCUUUAUUUCUUCUUGUUGUCUGUUUGCUGUGGCUAGGACUUCCAGAAGUAUGUUGAAUAAAAGUGGCAAGAAUAGAUAUCCUUGUCUAAUUCCUGACCUCAGGGGAAAAGCUCUCAGUUUUUCCCCAUUAAGGAUGAUAUUAGCUGUGGGUUUUUCAUAUAUGGCCUUUAUUAUGUUGAGGUAUGUUCCCUCUAAACCUACUUUGUUAAUGCUUUAAUGCUUUGUGUAAUGUACUUUGUCAAAUGCUUUUUCUACAUCUAUUGAAAGGAUUACAUGGUUCUUAACCUUUCUCUGAUUGAUCUGAUGUGUCAUAUUGAUUGAUUUGCAAAUAGUCAAUCAUCCUGGCAGCCCAGGAAUAAAUUCCACUUGAUUGUGAUGGAUGAUUUGCUUCAGGUAUUGUUGAAUUCAGUUUGCUAGUAUUUUGUUGAGAAUUUUUGCAUCUGUGUUCAUCAGGAAUAUUGGCCUGUAGUUCUUUUUUUUUUUUUUUUAAUUUUUUUAAUGUUUAUUCUUUGAGAGAGAAAGAGAACACGAGCAGGGGAGUUGCAGAGAGAGGGAGACACAGAAUCUGAAGCAGGCUCCAGGCUCUGAGCUGUCAGCACAGAGCCCAACAUAGGGUUCGAACUCAGGAACCGUGAGAUCACGACCUGAGCCGAAGUUGGAUGCUUGACCAACUGAGCCGCCCAGGCACCUCUGUAGUUCUCUUUUUUAAUGGUGUUUUUAUCUGGUUUUGGUUUCAAAGUAAUAAUGCUGGCCUCAUAGAAUGAAUUUGGAUGUUUUCCUUCCUUUUCUGUUUUGGAAUGGUUUGAGAAGAAUAGGUAUUAACUCUUCUUCAAAUGUUUGGUAGAAUUCGCCUAUGAAGCCAUCUAGUCCAGGGCUUUGGUUUGUUGGGUUUUUUGAUUACUGGGUCAGUUAUUACUUGGAGUUUUUGAAAUGUCAUUACCUAUUAGUAGGCACUGAGCAUUCAUUCUUGGACCAUUCACUACCAACAUUAUGUCAUUCUGUGGGUAUCAUGAAAAAAAACCUAAAAGAUGUUAACAUAGAAUAUUGGAGUCAGUCAAAGUAACUUGAGUAGUUAUUUUUUUUUUUUUAAGUUUAUUUUUUUAUUUUGAGAGAGACAGAGCAGGGAAGGGGCAGAGAGAGAAAAAGGGAAAGAGAGAAUCCCAAGCAGGUUCCAUGUGCAAUCAGCGUGCAGAGCCCGACACAGGGCUCAAAUCCUGAAAUCGUGAGAUCAUGACCUAGCUGAAUCAAGAGUCAGUUGCUCAACUGACUGAGCCACCCAGGUGCCCCUUAUUCUUCUGUGCCUUGGUUUUCUCAUAUGAUGUAAGGCUAAAAAAUGCUUAUCUCAAAUGAAGUUCAGUGAGAUUAUAACUUGUGAAGAGUUUAGCACUGCCUAUGAAAUAGUGAGUACUUAUUACAUGGGAAUGAUCAUUGGAAGAUUUUGCUUCUAAAAAAGACUGUAUAUUAGGGUAUGUUGAGGCUUUUAUUGCAUGUCUGGCCAUGAUCUCAUUUAGACCCUUUCCACUCACCUGCGUGACAGCCUUUGGGAACUCUUCCUCAGAUGCUGGUUCCGCCCAGGAAGAUUUGUUUCUGCUCGUAAGGUCCAUUUAUGGAGGAAAACAUUUGUUAUGGCUCUUCACCUCAGUUCUUUAUUCAAAAGGCACUUUUUAAAAAGUUUUGAAAUUUGAAAUUUGACAUAUGAAGAAGUAAAAUAUACAUACGAUAAGUAAUUCAAACAAUACAAUAGGUAUCUAUAAUUGGUCAGCUUCCCUCCUGUCACUUUCUCCUAAUCUAGAUCCUUUUAUGAAGGCCAGCACUGUCAGAAGGUAGAGGAGGGACACUAAAGAAUCUUCCAAACUGAGAAGGCAUUUUGACACUGGAAAAUGAAGCAGGCCACUCUAUACAGUUAACACCAAGUUUUAUUCAGGGUAACUUACUGAUGGGAUUGGGCAGGUGACAGUCUAGGUAUCGCAUGGCUAUUCUCUGCAAAGCCUGGACUUUAGCCCACAGAUUUUAUAGAGCGAGGGUUUGUGCAGAAGGCAUCGUGAUGAGGUCAAAGUGUCUGACACUUAACAGACCUCGUGUUGCCACCUGUGUGCCAGAAAGUGGGGGAAGAAACUGUGUUAUCUCUACUAGUUACAUAAACAAUUUUAGGGAAGACCAGAACCAGCCUUGUCACAUUCCAGUCCAGGCAUAGAUUAACCUCUAAGGGGCCUGGGAACAUGCAGCCUUCAGGGAGGUCAUCACGCAGACAGGAACAAGAUAGGGGCCAAAGAUGGAGUCAGUAUUGUCAGCACUCCUAAAAGCACUUUUUUCAUUUCCUGUUAAGUCUUUUCAGAAAUAGUCUCUGUAUAUACAGUGAUUAGUGUCUCUUUGUUUUUACACAAUGUUUACAUAUAACACUAUUGAUAGCUUUAUUGAGAUAGGUGUAAUUAACAUACAACUGAUAUGCACAUGUUGAAUGUGUACAAUUUUUUUAGUGUGUUUAUUUUUGAGAGAGUGUGUGUAUGCACGCAUGCACGUAUGAGCAGGUGAGGGGCAGAGAGAGAGGGAGACAGAGGAUCUGAAGAGGGCUCUGUGCUGACAGCAGAGAGCCUGAUGCAUGACUCAAACUCACAAACUGUGAGAUCAUGACCUGAGCUGAAGUCGGACGUUUAACCGACUGAGCCACCCAGGAGCCCCUGAAAGGGUACAAUUUGAUAAGUUUUAACGUAUACACCCAUGAAACCAUCCCUAAAUCAAGAGAGUAUAUCCAUCACCUCUGAAAUUUUCUCCUAUUUCUUUGUGGUCCGUCUCUCCAGUGAUCCCUUAUUCCCAAGCUACCAUGGAAUUUCUUCCAUGUAUUUUGACAUGUUAUAUUUUUAUUUCCAUUAAUUUCAAAAUACUUUCCAAUUUCCCUUUUGAUUUCUUCUUUGACCCAUGGGUUAUUUAGAAUAAGGUUCAUUUACAGGGUGCCUGGGUGGCUCGGUUGGUUAAGUGUCUGACUGGCUCAGGUCAUGAUCUCACAGUUCAUGGGUUUGAGCCCCAUGUUGGGCUCUGCGGUGACAGCUCAGAGCCUGGAGCCCGCUUCAGUUUCUGUGUCUUCCUCUCUCUCUGCCCUCCCCCGCUCAUGCUCUGUCUCUCUCUCUCUGUCAAAAAUAAAUAAACGUUAAAAAAAAAAAAAAGAAUAAGUUUCAUUUCCACAUAUUUGUGGGUUUUCCUGAGAUCUUUAUGUUGCUGAUAUGUAAUUUAAUUCCAUUGUGGUCAGAGAAUAUACUUUGUCUUUAAUCAUUUGAAUUUAUUGAGAUUUAUUUAAUAGCUCAGAAGAUGAUCUGUCUUGGUAAAUGUUCACUGUACACUGGAGAAGAAUAUUCUAUUGUUGGGUGUAGAGUUCUAUAAAUGUCAGUCAGUUUAGGUUGUUAUUCAAGUCUAUAAUAUCCUUGCUUGCUUCUAUCCAGUUCUUCUAUCAACUGUGGCUAAGAAGGUAUUGACAUUUUUGAAAAUAAUUAUGUAUUUCUCUCUUUUCCCCUUGUAAUUCUGUCAUUUUUUGCCUCAUAUAUUUUGAAGCUCUAUCAAUAGGUGAAUAAACAUCAAGGAUUUUUAUGUUCCUUUGAUUAAUUGACUCCUUUAUCAUUAUGAAAUGAUCUUCUUUAUCCUUGGUAAUUUUUUUUUUUUUUUUUAAGAUUUUAAUCUUACCUAAUCUCUACAUGAAGUGUGGGGCUCAAACUCACAAUCCCAAGGUCAGGAGCUGCACGCUGCCCUGACUGAGCCAGCUAGACACCCCUCCCUGGUAAUAUUUUUUGCUUUAAAAUCUACAUUGUCUAAUAUUACCAUAACCACUUUGGCUGAUUUCCUCCCUUUAUCCCUUUUUUUAUUGAGAUGUAAUUCACAUCCCAUUAAUUUCACCAUUUUAAAGUAUACGGUUCAUUAGUUUUUAGUAUAUUCAUAAUUGUGACCAUUUUUCAUACUUUACUUAUUACUGAUGACCUUGACAGUUUUGAGGAGAACUGGUCAGAUGCUUUAUAGAGUGCCCCUCAGUUGGUUUGUCACAUGCUUUUCUCAUGAUUAGACUGCAGUUACAUGUUUGGGGGAGGAAGAUUACAGAGAUAAAGUACCGUUCUCGUCACAUCAUAAGUGUACAUACUGUUAAUAUGACUUAACACUGUUCAUGUUAACCUUGAUCACCUGGCUUGAGGUAGUGUUUGUCAGGUUUCUUCAUUGCAAAAUUGCUGUCCUCCCUUUCUGCACUGUGCUCUUGGGACAAAUGUCACUGUGCAGCUGAAACUUAACUAGUGGGAAGCUCUGCUCCACCUCCAUGAGGGUGAAAUAGCUAUGUAAACCAGUUAGGGAUUUUCUGCAGAGGAAAUUGUGUGUUCUCCCCCCAUUUAUUUACUAAAUUUAUUUUUAUCGGUAUAGACUGCUGGAUAUUCAUUUUGUACUUUGGGUUAUAAUCCAGUACCACUUUAUUUUGUUGGUCCCAUUGUUUCAGCUUUGGCAGCUCUUCCAGUUGCCCCUGUAACCCUUUGACAUACUCCCAUCAUUGUGGUUUUCUUGAGCACUUUCUUACUUUCAUUAAUUAAUAAGAUGCUCCGGAGUCAUCUUUUAUAUUUUCUUUCUAGUCUCUAGAAAUUAGCUAUUUCUCCAAGGGGUCCUGAUUACUUUUAUAGAGAAUGGUAUUAGAAACCAACAUCUGGGUGGUUAGUUGCUAUUGUGGCUGGGAAGGUUUUUGUUUUGUAUGACCUCCCAGCUCUUCUAGAGCUGAGCCUGCUGAUUUUUAUAGUUCUAGGUCUUAAACUCCUCUGAUGGUAAGAACUCGUCAAAUUCAGCCCCUCUGGUUUUCAUAGCCAAAUAUUAUUGGGAUUUGUCUUCCCAGUGUCCCUGUGUGGAUUCCCCAUGCCUGGGAUGCCUGGUGUGAGGGUCUGUUUCUCUCCCCUCUCAGCACCCACACCUUCGUCAUCCCUCCCUCCCAUGGACAGUCCUGCAGGUCCAUUUAUCUCUCCACCAUUUCUCUUCCCUUCCUACCCUCCUCAUUGUGGCCUCUUCUCUGCAUUUAGUUGUGGAGAGUCAUUCUUCCAAGUCUUUGGGUCAUUUUCUGGGUUAUUUACACUGAUGUGGGUGUUACCUAGUUGUAUCUGUGGGAUGAGGUAAGCUUAGGGUUCUCCCACUCUGCCAUCUUCCCUGGAAGUCUCUGUUUUGUUUAGUUUCUGUUUAGAAGUCUCUGUUCUAUUUUAUUUUUUUUAACGUUUAUUUUCAGAGAGAGAGAGAGACAGAGCACGCGCGUGAGCGCAGCACACAGAUGCCCUAGUGGGUGAGGGGCAGAGAGAGUGGGAGAGAGGGAGAAUCCCAGACAGGCUCUGUGCUUUCUGCACAGAGCUCACGAGAUUGUGCCCUGAGCUGAAAUCAAGAGUCCAGCACCCCACCACCUGAGCCACCUAGGCAUCUCUAGAAGUCUUUGUUUCAGAUGGAGUUGUGGCAUUUAGUACAUUCACAGUUUUGUGCAACCUCUGUCUAGUUCCAAAAUAUUUCCAUCACUCCAAAAUAAAACCCCAUAUCUGUUAGGCAGGUAUGCUCCUUAGCCACUCCCUGCCUUCCUGGUAACUACCAUUUUGCAUUCUGUUUCUGUGGAUUUACCUACUUUAAAUAUUUCACAUAUACUGAAUUGUACAAUAUAUGAUGUUUUGUGCCUGGCUUUGUUCACUGAACAUAAUCUUUUCAAGGUUGAUCCACAUUGUAGCAUGUAUGAAUACUUCAUUCCUUUUUAUGACUGAAGCAUAUUCCUUUGUGUGUGCAUGCAUCUGCGUGUGAGUGUGUGUAUGUGUAUACAUACCACAUUUGUUUAUCCAUUCAUCUAUAGAUGAACAUUUGAACAUCUAAAAUGUUGAGGGGCGCCUGGGUGGCUAAGUCGGUUAAGCGUCCGACUUCGGCUCAGGUCAUGAUCUCACGGCUCGUGAGUUCGAGCCCUGCGUCGGGCUCUGUGCUGACAGCUCAGAGCCUGGAGCCUGUUUCAGAUUCUGUGUCUCCCUCUCUCUCUCUGCCCCUCCCCUGUUCAUGCUCUGUCUC